AUCAGACUGUGUGCUGAUCCAAAUGGCAUUUCUAAACCUGUACCAGCAGGCCCUCAGCGUCACCGCUAACACGCCUUGUUCCGGCAGAUUAAAAGAACAAACACAGGAGAUUCAUAUCUGCACACACACCAAGCGUUCUCACAGGAUAUUAUGUUAAAAUGCCCAAACUUUUGUUUUCAAAGAUUCGCUUCUAUCACAUUAGACAUCUAAUGCAAAAUGAGAAGCAGCCCAGAAGGACUGAUAUUGUUUUAAACAGAAAAGGACAUAAGGACAUCCAGCACAUUAUGGUCAGUAAAACGUCUGACACAUAUCCCUCAGAACUCAGCUGGCAUGCAGACCAUAAACUCUACACAAGUCUGGAAAAAAUGCUGUGGAAUGAAAGGUUCUUGGCAGCGUUCCGUGCCUUUCUGCAGUCUGAGUUUAGCGACGAAAACAUUGAUUUCUGGUUAGCUUGUGAAAACUUCAGGGCAACCACCUCACAGGAGAAGCUCUGCUGUAAAGCAAAGCAGAUCUACCAGGAGUUCAUCCAUCCUGCAGCUUCCAGAGAGAUAAACGUGGACCACCACAUUAAAGAGGCCAUCAAGAAGUCUUUGGACAAACCGACUCCCAUGUGUUUUGACGAGGCUCAGCGACAAGUGUACCUGCUGAUGGAACGAGACUCGUGCCCCAGAUUCCUGAACUCCGAUGCCUACAUGAGCCUCACACAGAAGAAUAGGAGUGUGUGGUACAUGUAGCUGUCACACGGGCAAUGUUUUUUUUUUUUUUCCUAUUUGACUUAAAACUGAAUAGACACAUUAUUUCUGCUAACCAAAUGGAAAGGAGCUGAUUUUCAUAAAAGUUGUGAAAACACUGGAAUAGUGUCCUGUAAAACUUGGGCUCCAGACAAAAGGUCAGAAUUGAGCGCUCAUUUAUCACUGCUGUGUAUGAAAUGUUCCUCAAAUGUGCAUGAUCACUCCACGGAAAAGUGUGCGAUUCAUCAGUUUGUACUUGAAAAUAACGCAUGUACACGGACUCACUCCUCUGAUCACACACAUGCACAGCAGUUUGUGGUUUAAAAAAGCCAAAGUACAAUUGAAAGGCAUGAGAGGGUGGAUGCAUACGCCUGCACGCUCGACACACCAUAAUAUAAAUGCACAAGUAAAUAUACAUUUCUGUAAUGGUGUAUUUGACUGUGUGUGACUUUAAUACGACAUCUUUGACUUCAUUUUGAACUCA